AUGUCAGGCAUAAAGCGCCCAGGCUUGGCAAAGGAUCCAGGGUCGGAGUCCACACCAGGGAUGGACCCCUUUGCAGACACCCUGCAGCGGCUGCGGGAGGCCUUCGUCUCGGGGCGUACGCGGCCGGCUGAGUUCCGGGCCGCCCAGCUGAAGGGCCUGAGCCGCUUCCUGCAAGAGAACAAGCAGCUUCUGCAGGAGGCGCUGGCUCAGGACCUGCACAAGCUGGCCUUUCAUUCGGACAUUUCGGAACUCAUCAUCUGCCAGAAUGAGGUCGACUUGGCUCUCAGGAACCUGCGCACCUGGAUGAAGGACGAGCCAGUGGCCAAGAACCUGAUCACGCAGCUGGACUCAGCCUUCAUCAGGAGGGAGCCCUUCGGCCUGGUGCUCAUCCUGUCUCCCUGGAACUACCCCCUGAACCUGAGCCUGGUGCCCCUGGUGGGCGCCCUCGCUGCAGGUAACUGCGUGGUGCUGAAACCCUCAGAGAUCAGCAAGAACACUGAGAAGGUCCUGGCCAAGGUGCUGCCCCGAUACCUGGACGAGAGCUGCUUUGCCGUGGUGCUGGGCGGGCCCGAGGAGACGGGGCAGCUGCUGGAGCACGAGUUCGACUACAUCUUCUUCACGGGGACCCCUCGAGUUGGCAAGAUUGUCAUGGCUGCCGCCACCAAGCACCUGACGCCCGUCACGCUGGAGCUGGGAGGCAAGAACCCCUGCUAUGUGGACGACAACUGCGACCCCCAGACUGUGGCCAACCGGGUGACCUUCUUCCGCUAUUUCAACGCCGGCCAGACCUGCACGGCCCCCGACUAUGUCCUGUGCAGCCCCGAGAUGCAGGCGCGGCUGGUGCCCGCCCUGCAGAGCGCCAUCACCCGUUUCUAUGGCGACGACCCCCAGAGCUCCCCGGACCUGAGCCGCAUCAUCAGCCAGAAGCAUUUCCAGCGGCUCCGGGGCCUGCUGAGCUGUGGCCGCGUGGUCGUCGGCGGCCAGAGUGACGAAAGCGAUCUCUACAUCGCCCCCACGGUGCUGGUGGACGUGCGGGAGACAGAUCCGGUGAUGCAGGAGGAGAUCUUUGGGCCCAUCCUGCCCAUCGUGAACGUGAGGAACCUGGGCCAGGCCAUCGACUUCAUCAACCGUCGGGAGAAGCCUCUGGCCCUGUACGCCUUCUCCAACAGCAGCCAGGUAAUGAACCAGAUGCUGGACAGGACCAGCAGCGGCAACUUUGUGGGGAAUGACGGCUUCACCUACAUGAGUCUUACCUCCCUGCCAUUCGGGGGAGUCGGCAAAAGUGGGAUGGGAAGAUACCACGGCAAGUUCUCCUUCGACACCUUCUCCCACCACCGUGGCUGCCUGCUCUCCCACUCGGGCCUGGAGGUGCUGAAGAACAUCCGCUACCCACCCUAUUCUGACUGCAGACAUAAGCUGUUCACCUGGGCCAUGGGCAGCCACUUGUGCACCCUUCUGUGA